UUCCUCCGGUGUAUAUAAAGAUGUUGAUAAAUGAUCAUGUUCAUAAGCACGAAGCUGAAGAGAUAAUAGAGCCAGAAAUAAUUCCAAUUAAAAAGUCCAUGAUGACUGGUUCAGGAUCUCCUUGUGGAGCCUGCAAAUUCUUGAGAAGAAAAUGCGUCAGAGGUUGUGUUUUUGCACCUUACUUUUGCCAUGAACAAGGUGCUACUCAUUUUGCAGCCAUUCAUAAGGUCUUUGGUGCAAGCAAUGUCUCAAAGCUCCUUGCUCACCUCCCUGUCACUGAUCGUUGUGAAGCUGCUGUCACAAUCUCAUAUGAAGCUCAAGCCAGACUUCAGGAUCCUAUUUAUGGCUGUGUCUCCCAUAUUUUUGCACUCCAACAACAGGUGGUCAAUUUACAAGCACAGCUGGCUUAUCUCAAGGAACAAGCUGCCCAGAGUUGUCUCAACGCCUCUGUCACUGAAAACCCUAGUGAAAAAUUAUUUGAAAAAUCUUCAGCUUCUAUACCCCAAGAUCUUCAAAGUUGGUUUCAGGUGGAAAAUUCCAACCUGGGGCCAGAGUUUCUUCCUAACAUGUGUACUAAUUUUUCAACACAAAAACAUUAUGGGAAUAAUCUCAUUGAAGAUCUAAACCCUAUCGGGAUCAAUUAUGAAAAUUCAGGUGCCAUGGAAGAAAACAGCUCCUUUUCUAGCUUUGACGAGAGUUCCAAUAGCUAUUCCAUGUCCUAUGACAUGCACACAAACAGGAGGACGUGGGGUUUUCAUGAAGUUGAGGACCUACAUUCAGUGGCUUUUGGGUACAGUACUCGAACACAUUCAUGAAAGAACUGGUGAAGACAAGUUUAUCAAUUUUGAAUUGCUGCUGCUGCUGCAUAUUGUGAAGCAAGCACUAUAUAUACUCUGUUGCCGUAAAUAAGCUAGGAAGGCAUAGAAAUGUUGAUAUUAUUAUAUAAUUGGAAUGGAAGCCCACUCUCUUAUUGUCUUUAAUCUAUUUUAAUCAUGUCAAGUAGAAAAAUCAUAGCGUAAUUGUGUCAGAAAAACUCUCGGGUUUUGUAUGAGACUAUGAGAGCUAUAAAUUUGUUUUUUCCUAGAAUGUAUCCUAAAUUUUGAUCUAAUAAACACUGUCCCUAGAUACCUUAAUCAUAGUUUUAGCUCCUUUUCUUAAAUACAGCAUAUUUGGCGUGGAAUAUAUGGAACACUACUAGGUGUAUGCUUGCAUU